UUGAUUUUGAACAAAGUUCCUGUCUGUCUUUAAGUCCACAAAUAGCACAAGCAGAGUCAGUGGGAAAAGAAUUCGGGUUUUUUGACAUAUUUUCCUGCCUUGGCCUAAUGACAGGCUCGUAAGAACGCGUGUUUCACGUGCGGCUGGGGGCGACACCUGUCCAGGUACUUUCAUGAAAGACGGUGCGAAGGGCGUUGAACUUCGUGGAGAUUGUGAAAGUGGUACACUCAUCAUCCCAGUUUGGACUGCACCCUGCAUGUGUGUAUUCAACUGGAGCAUUUAAAGCUAUGUGCUCCAGUGGGCAGCCUCUGUGUUCAGGAAGUAGACGUUCGCCUAGGAAUGUAGAGGGCAAUAACUCAGGCUCCCAGUAUGCUCUCUGUGCGCUGGGGGUGGGCUUGGUGGCACUUGGAAUUGUCAUGAUUGUGUGGAGCAUAGUCCCUUCUGAAGUAACACAGUUGCAAAAUGGUACAAUUCCAGUUCCAAACGAUGGAUUUCCCAAAGGUAAAGGGAAGUCUUCGUCUGUUGCUUUUGUGCUGGUGGGAGCCGGUAUAGCCAUGUUACUCUUGGCUAUAUGUGUCGGGGUGAGGAACAAGAAACGGAUGAGACAGAGGGAAACUGCAGAAGCAGGCAGUCCUGAAUAUGUGGACCGCGUCCCUGGAGAACAGGACGAGGCAUCAAAUGAAGCACCCAGCUAUGAUGUCCCAACAUAUGAGGAAGCAGUCACCAGCGGACAGUACCCUGUUCGUCAGAGCAACCUGCGACAGAGUUACCAGCUACCCUCAUAUGAAGAUCUCAUUGCUGCUGUUGAAAGUGAAGGCCAGCAACCAAAGGAAGGUUAUGGGCAAGAGGCCCCACAGCCAGCUCCUGGCCCUGGACCCCAGGCUGCAGCGCCUACCUCCAGCUCCCAGCCCGCACGCAGCAGCAGCAGCAGCAGAGCCAGCCGCAUCCUUAGGCCUCUUAGAGUGCGCAGGAUCAAGUCUGAGAAGCUCCAUCUGAAGGACAUUCGGCUGAAUAUUCAAAGCCCUGCACAAGGUGGGGUGGUGACCAUUGAACCACUGACGCCUCCACCACAGUAUGAGGACAAGCCACCUCAACUGCCCACAGAAGCAGUGUAGUCAAUGGAUUUACACUUUACAACUGUGAUAUUUUAUGAUUUGCAUCCACAGUUUCAUUCAUUGAGAGAUAGAAAUGUCAAAAGCUCUCUAUGCUUUUUGGACAGAACACUAAAGCCUAAUUUAAUUGUUUUUGAAUCAAGGUUUAUAUAUAUAUAUAUAUAAAAUAAACUUUCUAUAUUUAAAUAAUUAUUUAUAGGAAGUAUUUCCUCAGUAAAAAGUUUUUUUUACUAUUUUAUGUGACAGUGACAUACUGGACUUUCACAUUUGGACUGCACCUUUCUGCUCUGAAAGUAAGGAUAAUUCUCUUAUCAUUUACUCACACUUAUGUCGCCUCAAAUGACGGACUUCUGCAAAACACAAAGAUACUUUGAUGAAAAUACUGUAAAAUAAGUCAGUGGGGUCCAACACUUUCAAGCUCCAAAAAAGGCGUUAUAAAUGUAAUCCAUAGGACUCUAGUGGUUUAAUCCAUGUCUUCGGAAGUGAUUUGAUCAGCUUUGGGUUAGUAACAGAUUAAUUGGAUAAAUCUUGCCAUCUGUAGUCUCCAAGGUGCAAUCAUAAUUUGAAGCUCGGUAACAUUUCCUUAUGCAUGACGUAUCAACCAAAACCAAUCGUAUCACUUCAGAAGACAUGGAUUAAACCAUUCAAGUCAUUUGAAUUAACGAGCCGUAUAGAUGAAAUUCACAUCAUAACGCUGUCAAAAUAUCUUUGUGUUUGACAGAAGAAAGUCAUACAUCAGUAAAUGAUGAGAGAAUUAUCGUUUUCUAUCGUUUUUAAAAAUUAUCACAAAAUGUAGAGGAAUAUUUAAUGUAACCUAAAUUUUGAAACAAUUUCUGGAUUAAUGUCACAUUCUCAAGAAAUGUCACAAAGGAGGGUCUGGAUAACAAACUAAAAAAGUGCCUUGGGUUUUGUUUUUUGCUGGUUUUUUUUGUAGGUAAUUGAACAUUGUUAAAGUGCAAAUGAGAAUUUAAAAGACUGGUGUGCUAUUCUAUCUGCUGUUUGAAUGUUCCAAAAAAAAAAAAUACUGCCAAUUAACCCUUUUGUGCCUUUUUUUUAAUUAUCAUAAUGUAUUUAUAGGCUUUGAACUAAACAAGCUACUGUGGAUGACCUCUGUAUGCUGUGUUUGUGACUUAAAUUGUCUCAAGCUCUGCAGACAAUACCUUUUAGAAAAACUCAUUAGUUUUAUUGUUCAUUUUAAUUCAUUGGUUGGGGUGUAGAAUCUUUGGAAAAGGUAUGGUGGUACUAUAGCUAAUGGGUAACUGAUAUAAUUAAUAUUUUAAAGCAGAAAAUGUCUGCAUUUGUAUUUAUGUGAAAAUAUGUGUGACUCUAAUCAAAUUGUUUACAUUUUUUUUUUUAGCUUUUGUUCAUCUUGACUUUACCAUAAUUUAAGAAAUAAUGUAUGCUGAUUUAUAGUGCUCCCUGGUGGCUGAGAAUCAAAUUACAAUAUUGAGUGAAAUUUUCCACUCAAGAUAUGAACUGUUCUUGCACUGUUUUAGCCAUAACUUUUGAUAAAUGUUGUCUAACAUACUGAAUAACUAUUUAUUAGGCCUUUCAUUAAGAUGCUUCAGUCGGAUUUUAGAUCAAACAUACGCCAUGUUCAGCACAUAUGAACAAAGAAAUAGGACUGUAUCAAUAUUUAUAAGAUUUUACACUAUGUAGCUAACACACUAGUGAGUGAGUGAGUGCAUAAGUCAUCUAAACCAUGCAAUGUACUGCGUCAUGUUUGGUCUAUUUCUGUAUAAUGUAUCUUUUUUACGAAUUAAUUUUGUAAUAAUAUCACUCAAUUCAAAUCCCUAGUUCAACAAAUUAUUAAUUUCCCAAGUCAUUAUUUUAAUUAAUUUUUUCAUAGUUUUCAUGUUAGUUUUGUAAUUAAAUGUCUUUUUCCAGUCUACUCAUACAUAGGCCUAUUUUUUUUUUUUUUUCAUUUCAGACAUCACCCUAUGCCGAAUGAAACGUUCUCUUUCAUUUAAAGGUCUGUAUUGUGACAGAUGUUUGAGGCCAAAUCAUACUGUUCAUACAUGAGUUGGCCCUGAGAGCUUAACACAACCAAUCAAUCAUUACAUGAAACAGAAUUUAAUUGAAAUUGACUGAACUGAGGGUUGUAUUUCAAGCAGACCUACUUUAGUCAUAUGUGCCAAAAUGAACCAUUAAACAAAUGCCUGAGACUAUCCAAGUUCCACCAAAAACAAAUUAAGCUGUUGGAUGUCACAGUUACACCCAGUCUAAACAAAACAAUACAAGUUAUAUGUCUUUACCAAGCUGUGCUGUAACUUUUAAGGAUGUCAUAUUGACAUUCUAAGAUAAGACAUUCUAACCCAAACCUAACCCUAAACCUAAACUAACCCUAACCCUAACUAACCCUACAAUGUUACAAAGAAUGACGCAAAUAACUAUAAGUUUGGUCGUCGUAGAGAAUGUCAAUUCUACAUCUAUUUUGUUAUUUAAUAACAUUUUAAUUGUCAUCUGCAGUGACAAUAUGUACAUCUCAUUUUCAUUUAAUUUUAUUAACUUGUAUUAAAUAAUGUGUUACAUUAACAAUUAUUUAAGCAAUAUCACACGAGGAGCAAGUCAAAUCAUGAAGCGCAACUCCAGUCUCUGCACAGGACUUUUAAACUAGUGGGAUUUAGUUCGUAAAGGAAUCAGUGUUUUUGAAAAAAACAGUUUAAGUGAACGCAUCGUUGUCGUUCACUUACAUUGUUUCGGUGGUGAACAACUGUGGUUUUUUAACUUAAUGAAUCACUUGAGUCAUGAUCAACUCAUUUGUAACAUAAGAGGCGCUCAUUUGUCGCCACCUACAGGAGUAAAUAUGCAGUCUCCAGAAAUGGUCACUAAACGAAUCAGUGAGUGAUACAGAAAUGAACCAUGAAUCAAAAAAACCCUACUGUUGACAUUAUGUAAAAAAAACAAAAAAAAACAAGCUGUCUUAAUUAAACACUACUUGAAACACUA